AUGACACAACAGGAUGACCCUUUGAAAUACAUAAGGUACGAUCCUUCGCGAAACAAUUUGCUUAGAAUUGCAGCCAAGUCUUUUGCUCUUGGCCUCGUUGUUGCUACUUGUUUCAUCUUGCAAUUCACACACUCCAAAUUUGCAUCCAUUUGUUUAUACCUACAAUUGUUAUCACUUUUCCAUUCCCUUGAGUUUAUCUCAACUUAUUUGUUCAACAACAGUCAGGUUGAUGAUGACUCGUUUAUAUUGGAGGAUAGGGAGUUUCAGAUCAUUACUAUAUUGUCAAUUAUUGAACAUUUUGCAACACCAAAUGCGAUAAAGGUGCCGCUUCUUGUUUCACGAAUAGGCUAUUUCCUAAUUGCUCUUGGCCAAGUUGCAAGGACCUUGGCCAUGUACACGGCACAGGAGUCGUUCAAUCACUAUAUACAAAAAUCUGGCAAAGAUACGCACAUUUUGAUCACAAAGGGGAUAUACAAGUAUAUUCGACAUCCCAGUUACUUUGGUUUUUUUAUUUGGUUUCUUGGAAUGCAGUUGAUGCUAAGGAAUGUGAUUGUCUUGUUUGUUGGAUGUGUUAUUCUCUGGAGGUUUUUCAGAGAUCGUGUCCGGUAUGAAGAGAAAUACCUCGUUGAGUUCUUUGGCGAUAACUAUAUAAAGUAUAGAAACAAGACAAGGACAUGGAUGUUUAUAUAA